GAGCGACGCCAGCAGGGUUUCGUACACCUGCCCGCACGUUUUGGCCCUUAAGCUGCAUCAAUUGCUGCAGCAUCCUGCGGAACAGGCAGUCGCUGAUGAAGAGUUUAGGGCCCUGCGCAGCUCCAUCUACCUAGACUAGAAUGGAGGACCAUUUGGAGGACUACAAAUUUGUAAGUCGCUUGGAUCACGUGAAGACCUUCAACGCCGCCAUCAAAUCAAUAUGCUUUAACGAUUAUGCCAUGCUUCAAGUCUCCGACGAGGGACUGCGCAUCACAGUGGAGCAGGGCAGGUCGAUCCAAGCCACUCUCUUUAUGCCCCCAGCUGCCUUCACGGAGUUCCAUGUGCAGGACUUUCAGAGCUUUGGCCUGAAAAUGAACGCCCUCUCGGAGUGUCUGAACCUAUUUGGGACGGCCGAUUGCAGCGUCCGGAUGCUGUACAAGGACCAGGGCGACCCCCUGAAGAUAAUUCUGUACCCGUACGACGACGAAGAUGUGAGCACAGAGUGCGCCAUCAAGACCAUGGACUCCGAGGAGCCCAUCGAGUACGAUUUGAACCUAAAAGACUCGGACCUGAACACGAUUUUCGUGCGCGGUCCAAACUUGUCCAAGAUCUUCCAUGAACUGGAGAAGUCGGCGGAGGAAUUCGAGUUCAUCACUUCGCCCGAUCGGCCGCACUUCAAAAUUACCACCAUCGGCAUCAUGCAGGCGGUGUUCAGCGUUGAGGUGGCCAAAACCAGCCCCAUGAUGAUGAUGUUCAACUGCCCCCAGACUUUGGUGGCCCGAUACAAGAGCCAGCAGAUACGGCUCACGAACAAGGCCAUGCAGGCGGCCACAAAGGUGUCCAUCAAAACGAAUACCCUCGGCCUACUGGAGCUGCAUCUCGUGAUGCAGGGAGAGGGUCAGGAGGAAAUCUUUGUGCAGUUUUAUGUCGUGCCCUUGCUUAAUGGUAUCGACUAGAAUCGAUGAGCAGGAUAUGUAUACCUCUUCUAGGGUGUUCCUAAUACCCAAACCUCCUUGAAAACAACAGUUUAUUAUGUCAGAGGUCGAAAUGCCACUCAGGAAUAGCAUACACUUAUAAUUAAGCUCAUUUUCAUAUUUAUUCAUAGCUUAAGAUGUCCUUUAAGAGUAUUCUUUGAACAUUUUCUGUUCUACUCGUACUAUUACAUAAAAUAUAUUGGAAUUAUUGGCG